AUGUUUUGCUUUUUUUUCAGAUGCCCCUUCCAGUAUGUUAGUGACGAUAAAACAUCUGUCAUAAUACCGCCAAAAAGCAACUCUAGUUUUCAAGUGAGCACCCACUUCCCAGUGACUUUGAAACUGGAGACGUCUGCCUUGCGCAACGUGUGCACUCAAUACUUCAAGUACGCAGAAUGCGGCGUAUAUACUUUAAAUGUUGUCUCCCUGUCACCAGACAACUUGACUGCAGGGACCUGUGAGCUACAAAUAAAUGCAGAAGGUCAAAACAGUGAAAUUCCCAUCUACAUUGCGUUGGCCGUUCUGGUAGGACUUGCAGUAUUGUGGAUAGUCCUGAAACUUUUGAUUUACAGAAAAUGUGUUCGCCCCUUUAUAAGAAAAACAAUACUGAGAAAAAGGGAGGUGUCGGAUCUGAUAGAAGGUAAAAGCGCCGCCCAGAAGACCAGAUUGAUCUCUCUUGAUACCUUUAGGGGAAUAUCUAUCACACUGAUGAUAUUUGUGAACUUUGGAGCCGGAAAAUAUUGGUUUUUGGAACAUGCUAUAUGGCACGGGUUGAAUUUUGCUGAUCUCGUCUUUCCAUGGUUUGUAUUUAUCAUGGGAACGGCAAUGGCACUGACAUUUCACUCCCUCAAGAAAAAAGAAGUUUCUUAUGUUAAGCAGUUGAAGAAAAUUGUCACCAGAAGCAUAACUUUGUUCUUCUUGGGCAUCGUUGGAAACACAUGGUGGGCAGUGACCAGAGUUGAAAAUAUUCGUAUCCCUGGUGUGCUGCAGAGGUUUGCAGCCACAUACCUUGUAGUGGGCUUGGUUGACAUGGUCUUCUCCAGAAAAUUGGAUCACAAAAGUGAAAAUAAAGAGAAGCAGACCGGUAAAGAUGAGAAUGGUUCCUCUCAUGAGCUUAAUGAGAUAGAGACAUCAUCAAGCAGCAAUGUCAAAGUAGAGCUUGGAUCCAACAUCAUGUUGGAUCCUUCGGUAGAGGAAGGGAGAGCAAAAAGGCAGCCAUGUUGGUAUCACAUCACCGAGCUGGUGUUAUAUUGGCCAGAGUGGCUAAUCUGCCUGGCAUUCAUUGCCUUGCAUCUGGGAAUAACACUGGGAGUUAAGGUGCCAGAUUCAGACUGUCCAAUAGGCUACCAUGGUCCUGGGGGCCUUGCUGAUGGUGGGAAGUAUUACAACUGUACAGGAGGAAUUGCAGGAUAUAUAGACAGGUGGAUUCUUGGAGCGGAGCGUAUAUAUAACUGGCCCACAUGUAAGGAGAUGUAUAAAACCAUCCUGCCAUUUGACCCAGAGGGAAUUCUAGGGACGGCCACUUCUAUUGUUAUCUGCUUCCUUGGACUUCAUGCUGGCAAAGUGCUUCUUGUUUACAAAUCCCACAUGGAACGUGUAGCUCACUGGAUUGUUGGUGCGCUGAUAACGGGAGGACUUGCACUGCUUUUAUGUAAAGGCUCUAAAAAUGAAGGCUGGGUCCCCAUCAACAAGAAUCUGUGGUCAGUAUCUUAUGUGCUGGCACUGGCAGCAAUGGCAUACCUACUUCUGGCUGCGUGUUAUAUACUUAUUGAUAUGUUCCACAUCUGGACUGGGGCUCCCUUCUUCUAUCCUGGUAUGAAUGCCAUAGUUCUGUAUGUGGGCCACUCGGCUUUUUCUCGGAGCUUCCCCAUUCGCUUUGAGAUUCCCGAGAACCACGGUGCCCGUCUCGCCCUGGACCUCUGGAGUGCUGCGUUCUGGGUCCUUGUCGCUUUCUACAUGCACAGGAGAGGUGUGUUCAUCAAGAUUUGACACUGCAUAGCGCAAGUUGACAGAAUUCCUGUGGGAGCGAACUUUUCUCAUUUGUCACGUAUACCACAAGGGCAUAAAAUAGCAGUACCUUGGGUUGGGCAUGGUGAUGUCAUACUCCUAAUAUGCAGUUAUAAAAGAAUACAAACGAAAGGGUCUGGUAUGAAAUCCAUAUUGCAAACGUGUUUGUGUUGAAAGUAAAAAUGAAUAAAAUGUAUGAACAGAUGCACUUCAGAUGGAUUUUAGUUGCCCCUCAAUUUCUCCACAUCAGCGCUUUAUUUCUAUCAGUAAAACGCAACAAUACGUGUACCGGUACACUACAAGAGCAACCGUGCGCAGUGAGUGUAGAAGAGAACCUCAAUAUAUAGGGUGCAUAAC